AUGUCUAGUGAUUUUAGGGAAAAUUGCAUCUUGAUAUGUGAUGCUUUGGAACCGUAUCUGAGUCAAAGAACAGUAGAAGUGCAUUGGGGUAAACACCACAGAGGGUAUGUAGACAAUCUAAACAAACAGUUAGGCAAAGAUGAUAAACUCUAUGGACACACCAUGGAAGAGCUUAUCAAGGCGACGUAUACCAACGGGAAUCCUUUGCCUGAGUUCAACAACGCUGCGCAGGGUAACUUUACUUUUUAUAACCCGUUUGUUGUUUAUAACCAUGAUUUCUUCUGGGAGUCAAUGCAACCUGGUGGUGGUGACGUGCCUCAAAAGGAGUUCUUGAGAAUUUACCACCUGGGAAUGGAGUUUACCAAAGCAUGUUCCCUUAGCAUCUAG